AUGUCUUCGCUACUUGACAACAUCUCACCGGCGAGCUUCUUCUACUACUCGCUAAUCUGUACCACUUUGGCCAACUUAUGGGACAUUUACUUGCACUACCGCCAGCAUAAAGUCUACAAGGCGAAGAGUAAGGUGCCAAUUGAGUUGGCACCCUACAUCGACGAAGACAACUUUGCUAAAUCGCGACUCUACAAUAUUGACAAGAGCAACUAUGGAUUCUUUCGUGAACUGUUUGGCCUGCUACAGAAAUCCAUUUUCGUGUGGUUCUACUUGCCCGCCAAAUUCUGGGGACUUUCCGUUUACCUUACUCAGCGGUGGCUCGGAUACGAGCACGAAAUCACCUCGACAAUUUUAUUCUUCUUCAUCUCUUCGUCAAUCACUUCAAUUAUCGAUUUGCCCUUUUCGUUGUACUCUAACUUUGUCAUUGAAGAGCGACAUGGUUUCAACAAGUACACUCUGAAGUUUUUCAUUUGGGACACUGUCAAGAAGUUUAUCGUCUUUCAGCCAAUCGUUUCGGCACUGAUCGGCGGCUCUUGCUGGAUUGUGUUGAAGUUCGAGGACCAGUUUUUUCUCUACCUUUGGCUCUUCUCCAGCACUAUGGCUAUUGUCUUUAUGAUCAUCUACCCUUCUCUGAUUGCGCCCCUAUUCGACAAGUACACCCAACUACCUGAUGGCUCUCUGCGAUCUCGAAUUCAGCAACUGGCUCACGAAAUCAACUUUCCACUGAAAAACAUUUAUGUAGUUGACGGAAGCAAACGCAGUAGCCACUCAAAUGCCUACUUUUAUGGCGUCUUUAAGGCUAAGCAGAUUGUUCUGUACGACACUCUGUUUGAAAGUGAAAAGGAAGGCGAAUCAAAGGACACUUCUGAAUCGGAGACCAGUGAAAAGGAUAAACUGGUCAAGGACGAUACAAAGCCCGCUCCAAAAAGAACUGGUUGCACUGAAAAGGAAAUUGUGGCGAUUAUUUGCCACGAACUUGGUCACUGGAGUCACUCUCACAUUUACAAGAAUCUUCUAAUUUCGCUGGUCAACAUGUUUUUCAUUUUCAAAGUCGCUUCUAUCUUUUACAAAAGCUCGGUCAUCUACGAAGCGUUUGGAUUUGACUCUUCACACAAGCCCGUUUUUAUCGGAUUGCUCUUAGUGAUUGAGAACAUCUUUUUAAUCUACUUUGAGGUCUUUAACUUUGCUAUGAGCAUCAUCAGUCGUCGAUUUGAAUUUCAGGCCGAUAACUUUGCUAAGAACCUCAACUUCCGCGCGGAACUGAUUAGUGCACUCAUCAAGCUAAACAAGGACAACCUUAGCUUCCCGGUGUAUGACUGGCUUUACUCUGCUCUCAUUCAUUCCCAUCCACCUAUCUUGGACCGAAUUGAUGCACUGAAAAAGAUUGAUUAA